UGUGCUAACGAAGCCAAGCCAAGCCAAGCCAUUCCAAUUCCAUACACGAUGACUUAUCGAGCUCAUAUCGCCCGGGUAACACAAUCACACCCUCCCACGGAAUUGUUGUAGUGCCUGAAAUGUGCGUGUUUUCUAAUUUCACAGAGACACAGAACGAGCACUCCUUGUAGUGGAAGUGGAUCCAAACCCUCCCUUCUCCCUCUCUCACAGAUCCCUCCGAUUUUACGUCUUCGGAUCUCGGGGUUCGAAUUUGGACCGUUCAUUCAGCUGGCUAGUUCGACACCACCGGUGUUUGAUCGCGUACCGUGUUCGGAUUUCGUUCGGAUCUGGUUGAGCUUUCCCGGAGCAUCAUCACUGACCCAAUCAUGAAUCCGUUCUCUUCCGGAACGCGCCUUCGGGACAUGAUUCGGGCUAUACGUGCCUGCAAAACUGCAGCAGAGGAACGUGCUGUUGUAAGAAAAGAGUGUGCUGCUAUUCGCUCCUCAAUUAAUGAAAAUGAUCACGAUUAUAGGCAUCGUAACAUUGCAAAGCUCAUGUUCAUACACAUGCUUGGCUACCCCACACAUUUUGGUCAAAUGGAAUGCCUUAAGUUGAUUGCAUCUGCUGAAUUUCCAGAGAAGAGAAUCGGCUAUCUUGGCCUCAUGUUGCUUCUUGAUGAAAGACAAGAAGUUCUCAUGUUGGUCACAAACUCACUAAAACAAGAUCUCAAUCAUGCAAAUCAGUAUAUUGUGGGACUUGCUCUUUGUGCUUUAGGGAAUAUUUGUUCAGCAGAGAUGGCUCGUGAUCUUGCACCAGAAGUAGAAAGGUUGUUGCAAUUUCGAGAUCCGAAUACUCGGAAAAAAGCAGCUUUGUGUGCUAUAAGGAUUAUAAAGAAAGUACCAGACCUGGCGGAAAAUUUUAUAAAUCCUGCUGCUGCCUUACUUAAAGAAAAGCAUCAUGGAGUUUUAAUAACAGGAGUUCAACUUUGUACAGAUCUAUGUAAAGUCAGUGCAGAAGCUCUGGAAUAUUGCAGAAAGAAGUGUACUGGGGGUUUGGUCAGAACUUUAAAGGAUGUUGCAAACAGCCCAUAUGCACCUGAGUAUGAUAUUGCUGGCAUCACGGACCCUUUCCUCCAUAUUAGAUUGCUUAGACUUUUGCAUGUGUUGGGCCAAGGGGAUGCAGAUGUUAGUGACUUGAUGAAUGACAUACUUGCCCAGGUGGCAACAAAAACAGAGACAAAUAAGAAUGCUGGCAAUGCUAUUCUGUAUGAAUGCGUUGAAACUAUCAUGAGCAUUGAAGAUAAUGGUGGUUUACGUGUGCUUGCUAUCAAUAUCUUGGGACGAUUCUUGUCAAAUCGUGACAACAAUAUCAGAUAUGUUGCAUUAAACAUGCUGAUGAAGGCUAUAACGGUAGAUACUCAAGCAGUGCAGAGACAUCGGGCAACAAUCGUGGAAUGUGUAAAGGACUCAGAUGCUUCAAUUAGGAAAAGAGCCCUUGAACUUGUUUAUCUUUUAGUAAAUGAGAGCAAUGUGAAGCCUUUGACAAAAGAGCUGAUUGAAUAUCUAGAGAGAAGUGAUCAAGAAUUCAAGGGAGAUCUUACUGCCAAAAUUUGUUCCAUAAUUGCAAAGUUUUCACCUGAGAAAAUAUGGUACAUUGAUCAGAUGCUCAAGGUUCUCUCUGAGGCUGGAAAUUUUGUAAAAGAUGAAGUCUGGCAUGCACUUAUCGUUGUGAUAAGCAAUGCUUCUGAUCUCCAUGGAUAUACUGUAAGGGCCUUAUACCGAGCAUUCCAAACUUCGGCUGAACAGCAGGAAACUCUUGUUCGAGUGGCAGUUUGGUGCAUAGGAGAAUAUGGUGACUUGUUGGUCAAGAAUGUUGGGGUGCUUGACAUAGAGGAUCCAAUAACUGUAACAGAAUCUGAUGCUGUGGAUGUGGUAGAGGUUGCCAUUAAGCAUCAUACAUCAGAUCUCACUACUAAAGCUAUGUCUUUGAUUGCUCUGUUAAAGCUCUCUUCUCGCUUUCCAUCUUCUUCAGAGCGGAUCCAAGAUAUUAUCAUUCAAAACAGAGGAAGCCUUGUGCUUGAAUUGCAGCAGAGAUCCAUCGAAUUCAAUUCUGUUAUUGAGAAGCAUCAUAAUAUUAGGUCUGCGCUGGUUGAAAGGAUGCCUGUCCUAGACGAGGCAACUUUCAUUGGAAGGAGGGCUGGUUCGACACCAGCAACAGUUUCAACUUCCAAUGGGCCAUCACUUAAUCUUCCUAAUGGAGUCACUAAACCUCCUGCAGCCCCUCUUGUAGAUUUACUUGAUCUAAGUUCAGAUGAUGCCCCCGCACCUAGCUCUUCUGGUGCAGAUUUUCUUCAGGAUCUUCUUGGUGUUGAUCUUUCACCAGCAUCAAAACAACCUGGAAUUUCUGGUACAAAUCAGGCUCCAAGAACUGGCACAGAUGUUCUACUGGAUCUCUUGUCUAUUGAAACACCUCCUGCCUCACCUAUAACUGACAUAUUAUCUAGCAGUCAAGUUUACAAAUCACCACAUGCAUCAUUGGAGGGACUCUCCUCUCCAUCUGCACUCUCUACACGAGCUGCUACUCCUGCAGGAGCUGCUCCUAUGAUGGAUUUGUUGGAUGGCUUUGUCCCCAAUUCACCAAUAUCUGAAGACAACGGUCCAGUUUACCCAUCCAUCGUCGCGUUUGAGAGCAGCUCCUUGAGAAUAAUGUUUAACUUCUCUAAGGCACGUGGAAACCCACAAACAACAUCAAUCCAGGCUACUUUUACAAAUUUGUCACCAAAUGUCUAUACAGAUUUUAUUUUCCAGGCAGCAGUUCCAAAGUUUCUUCAACUGCACUUAGAUCCAGCUAGUAGCAAUACUCUCCCUGCAGGUGGUAAUGGAUCCAUCACACAAAAUUUAAGAGUCAUUAACAGUCAACAUGGAAAGAAAUCUCUUGUCAUGCGAAUGAGGAUAGCUUAUAAGAGCAACGAUGAAGAUAUUUUGGAGGAAGGGCAAGUCAGCAAUUUCCCUCGUGGUUUGUGAGUUUGGAUGGCCUUUUUGAUACAUUAAAGAUUGUGAUGCGGUAGCACAUCUAUGUCACGGCAUGUGGUGUUGGUGCAAUCUUCUAUUUCAAUUCGCUGUAUGAUUUGUAGCAAUUGGGAUUUGGGACUGAUUUUGAUUUAAUUUGGGAUCAUGGCUUCACUACCUUUCCUUUUACAUUUUUACUUCCUUUUUGUAGGUGUUCUAUGUACAUUAUUAUUACACAACAUUCCAUCAAGGAAUUCUGGUAAUUAAAUUUUGCCUUUUAGAGGCAGAGAGAGGAGUGGAGGGAGCUCAUGAUGUCAUAUUGAGUACUUGAUUUUCCAGUUUGAAUUAUUUAUUCACGAGCUUUAUAUGGUGGUA